AUGAUAUUCAUAAAGCCUCUACUAUUGUUGGUAGUGGUCGUGGUGUACACCAAAGCUCAAUAUGCAUUGGUGCGGUUGAAACGACAAGCGUAUCCACCAAACCCGGCGCCAUUCAAACCAAGAACUGAAGAUUACAACCUUCCGCCAUUCUAUCAGCCAAAUCCCGGACGAGAUGCUUCAAAUCUCUCACCGAUCUUCCCAUUCCACAGUCAAUUCAGUAAUGGACUCGACGUAAAUCCUGGAACUCGAGUCACUGUCGAUGGAAACUUGAAUGUGCCUAUUAUGGGUUGGGGAAUGUGGGACUACAAAGGCGGCGUCAAAGUCGGACGUCCGAACACACGAGUUGGAUUCGGAUCACUCGGCUCUCCAACAAACGUGCUUGGCAUUUCCGGAGACACGGUGGCAGCUCUCGCCAGAGACGGCACAUUCCAGCAGUCGAGACAAAACGUGCCAUCGGUUCCGGUGGCUGUUCUUCCUGGCAACUUUGUACCUGUGCGCUGCAAACCGCCCAUGUGCAAUCCAUUCGUGCACAAUAUGGCUUUCGGGGUCGACGUUGAACCGGGAGAUGAUUACUUAUUCGAUGGCGGCUUUGAUUUCCCGAUUCCAUUGGCCCCAUCUGGAGUUGGUGUGCGUUUCCCAAUGAGCGGUGCGGUGAACGUUGGAACUGAUCCAUUCCUCAUUACUUAUGGACACGGAAUGGGACCUGUUGAACCACCAGGAUUCAAAACGAAAAAGACACUUUCCGAAGACGAAAUUCCAUUUUGUCAAAAAUAUGGGGGUGAUGAACCUUUGGUGAUACCAGUCAAAGGCCAACAAGCUAUGUUCCCAGCGCUUAUCACUGCCGAUAAUUUUCCACUAUUUCCGUUCACCGAUCAAUUUAAUACCGGUGUUGAAAUCAAUCCGGCGAACAAAUACAGUAUGGCCGGAGACAUGAUUGUGCCGAUACCGGGUUGGGGAAAUUUUGAUAUGGACGGAAAUUUAUACUUCGGCCACAUUAAUGUGGAUACUAAAGUUGGUUAUCAGAUAAGACCUACGAAUCACUUGAACAUCAAACCCGAGACUUUAGCGUUGUUGGGACAGAAUCACGCAUUCCGAGAGGCAAGAAAAAAAGCAAAGGAAGUGAUUGUGGGUAGAGUUCCUUACGGAUACGAGCCGAUCAAGUGCAAACCUCCAUAUUGUAACCCGUUCGUGCAGCACGCAGCCGUUGGUGUUGAAGUUGAGCCCGGAGAUGAUACAUUCUUUAUCGGUGGUCUCGAUUUUCCACUUCCAAUUGGAGAAAAUGGCGCAGGAGUGCGAUUUCCUUUAUCAGGAGCGGUGGAAGCGGGAACUUCACCAUAUGCUAUUGCUCAUGGUAAUGCGUUCAAUCCAGUUUCGCCGUUUGACUUUCGAAAAAUCGAUAGCGAUGAUGUUAAACCUGAUUGGCCUUAUGUCCCUGGCACGCGGCGACGUGCGCCAGCCAAGAAGGGAAAGUAUACAGAGGAGCAGAAAAAAGCGUUCUACUCGAAAUUCUUCGACAAAAUGCCAUCGUAA